AUGGCCAGCCUCGGCCGCCUCUUCCGUCGCUCGCCAGCCGAGCAGCAAGCCUCGGAGCCCCGCCAUGACGCAGACGCAGACGCCCCCGGCAGCGGCGCCGCCCACAGCCUCGACGGCGUCGAGUCCAAGCCGUUUAUGCAGCGGGCCCUGCCCGUCUUUGCCUGCGGUGCCGGCCUGUUCUCCGACGGCUACAUCAACAACGUCAUCGGCUCCGUCAACACCGUCCUCAAGCUCCAGUACGGCAACGUCUAUAAAGACUCGCCCGCCGCCAAGCACGUCGCCGACAUUGCCUUUGCCGGCACCGUCGUCGGCCAGCUCGUCUUUGGCUUUGCCUCGGACCGCUGGUCGCGCUCAAACUCACUCGUCGUCUCCACCGUCAUCCUCGUUGUCUUUACCGCCCUGACCGCCGGCUCCUACUACCGCGGCGAGCCCGUCGGCAUGUUCAACAUGCUGGCCGCCUGGCGCUUCUUUGUCGGCAUUGGCAUUGGCGGAGAAUAUCCCGCCGGCAGUGUCGGCUGCGCCGAGUCGAGCGGCGAGCUCAAGUCCGGCACGCGCAAUCGCUGGUUCAUCCUCUUCACCAACAGCAUGAUUGACUGGGGCUUUGUCUUUGGCGCCUUUGUUCCUUACGUCGUCGCCGCCGCCGCCCACAACGACCAUUACUCGACCAUCUGGCGCACCAGCCUCGGCAUCGGCGUCGUCUUCCCCCUGCUGCUGCUGCUCAUGCGCAUGCGCCUCAAGGAGCCCGAGGAGUUUGCCAAGGAGUCGAUGCGCAGACAAACGCCCUACAUGCUGGUCCUGCGCUUCUACUGGUUCCGCCUGUUUUGCGUCAGCCUCAUCUGGUUUCUGUAUGAUUUCAGCACGUAUGCCUUUGGCAUCUACUCGUCGUCCAUCCUCAGCGGCAUCUACGGCGACAGCGCGCCGCUGACGACUGUCUUUGGCUGGAACACGGUCAUCAACAUGUUUUACCUGCCCGGCACCCUCUUCGGCGCCUUUGUCAGCGACUGGAUCGGCCCCAAGCACACGCUGAUCGUGGGCGUCGUGGCGCAGGCCGUCGUCGGAUACAUCAUGGCGGGCGUGUACGAGCAAAUCUCGCGCCACAUCGGCGCCUUUGCCGUCGUCUACGGCAUCUUCCUCACCCUCGGCGAGCUGGGCCCGGGCAACAACAUCGGCCUGCUGGCGGCCAAGACGUGCGCGACGGGCGUGCGCGGGCGCUACUACGGCAUCGCGGCCGCCAUUGGCAAGAUCGGGGCCUUUGUCGGCACGUGGGUCUUCCCCUACAUCCAGGCGGCGGGCGGCGACGGCACGACGCAGUCGGCGCAGUAUCCGUUCUGGGUGGCGGCCAGCCUGUCGCUGCUGUCGGCCGUCAUUGCCUUCUUCUUCAUCCCCAACAUUGGCCAGGACACGAUUACGCACGAGGACGCGCGCUUCCGCCAGUACCUCGAGAGCCAGGGCUGGGACACCAACAUGCUGGGGCUGGCCAGGGACGAGUCCAACGCGGCGUCGUACGCCGAGGAGGAGCAGACGCCGGUGAAGAAGGCGACCAGCAGUAGCUGA